AUGUUUCUUCAAUACGUCUCUCCGGCUGACGACUGCCUUCUCACCUUUGCAGAGCUGGAAAUUCUCUCCCAGACCGGCAGCACUCUGGGAAUUCUGACGCUUGUCUUGUUGACGGGCAUCGUCAGCAGUAGCUGCCGCUGUCUUCUCCUAAUCCACUAUCAGAAAAUCGGCUCCAGUCAUCCGGGGAUAAGAAAAGCCCUCCAACUGCCCUCCCUCCUCGACCUCUUCUUCCUCGCCUGGUACAUGACUUUGGUUUACACCAUAAGAUUCUCGGCGCUGGGCGACUGCAAAACCUGUCGCGCCAUCUAUAUGGGUGUUCUGUGGAUGGGCUGGACUGUGCUGUCAAUGUUGUGA